GAGGAAUUACUUCCGGGUGAAAGGAGUAGCUGGAUAUCCACGUGAAUUAUCAAAGUAUACAAAACGGACACCGAUGAGGGUGUGAUCUUCGUUUUUUGAAAAGUGUGCACGUAAAUCCAAUAAGAUUUAUCAUCGACCAGACGUUACGACUGGCACUGCAAAGACACAUUGAUCAGCAGUCCCGGCCCAGACAGCAGGCCAUAUCCUUGACAAGCCAGGAGUCUUUUGUUGUGGAGAGGCGAGUGGAAGAGUGAAAAUGAAGAUGGUAGAAGAGAACAGUGAGGAGAAUUUUGUAAAGAAGAAGAAGAAGAAACUCACAAAAGAACAAGCCUCAAUGCCUGACAAGAAAAACUUUAUUGGUGAUGAUGGGAUCCCAGUAGAGGUGAAAAAAGAGAAGAAGAAAGGUAAAAAAGUUGAUGCAAUUGUUAUAGAUAUAGAAGGGGAUGAUGGUGGUGAAAAGAAAGAGAAGAAGAAAAAGAAAAAGAAGAAAAUUCUUACUGAGUCUCUGAAUGAUGCUAACGGCUCUGAUGUCAAGAAUGGAAACGACGAAGAAGCCAACAAAAAGAAGAAGAAGAAGAAGCAGCUGGCUGGUGGUAACAAUUCAGUAAAAGAUGAAGAGGAAAAGAAAAAGAAGAAACGAAAAAAUAAACCUGCACAAAUUGAACCAGAAAAUGUAAAGUCCGAGAAACCGGAGGAAGAGGGACAGCAAGCUGGGAAGGAUAAAUUGACAAAGAAAGCUAAAAAAGAAAAAAACAUUUUAGUUGAAGGUACUGAAAUUAAGGAACAUGUUAAAGAAAAGAAGAAAAAGAAAGCCACUGAUAAGGAAACCAGAGAAGCUAUCGGUGAAAUAAGUGUAACAAAAAAGAAAAAUAAAGCUAAAAUAAAAGUGUCUGAGAAUGGAGUGAAGUUAGAAACACCAGAGGGAGAGCCUGAAGAGGCUGAGGAGGUAAAAGUGAAAAAAAAGAAAAAAAAGGAAGCCGACACUAUAGGAGAUGGAAAUGAAUCAGGAACACCUCAGAUCGAAGGUAACAACAAACAGAGCAAAGCAGCAUCAGACAAAAAGGUGAAGACAGACAAACUGCCCAACAAAAAGAAGAAGAAAUCUACAGAGAGUGAGAUUAUUGUCAAAGAGGACGAAGAGGAGACGGUGCUAAAGAAGAAAGUAAAAAACAAAAAGCGUGAAAAAGCUUCUGUGGAGGUCAGCGAGGUAGAGGAGACAGAGCCGAAAAAGAAGAAGAGAAAAAAGGGAAACUCUGAGGGAGAGAAGGAAGAAGCAUUAGUGUUAAAAUGUGAAGAAAUUGAGGAGCAGAGCAGCGAAACUCUUGUCACGGCAGCUGGUGAAACGACGGGCAAGAAGAGCAAAAAGAAGAAGAAGAAGAAGAGCUCCACUGAGGUGGAAACACAAGCAGAGAGUUUUGAGACUGUUGCAAAGAAGAAGAAGAAGAAGAACAUUAAAGAGGAGGUGGAAGAGCAGCAUGAGUUCACCAGUGUGGACGGGGUUUUCCUGUCAGAGAAAACUGAUGAGGUCACCAUCAACCAGGAAAGAAGACAGGCUUUACAAAUGGAGACUGACGAGGUCUCUCAGCCAAAACCAGCCAAACCUACGGGUUUUGGCCAGUGGAGCACUGCCGAGUUCAGCAGCUCUGAACAGCAGCAGAAGUUUCUGAGGUUGAUGGGCGGCUUCAAAAAGGGAUUCCAGCCAGCUGCGGGGAGCAGCGGAGGAGCAAAUAUGGCGCUGGGGAACGACGCACAGAAGCAGCUGCAGCAAGGGCUUCUGGGAGAGUUUGAACGUGCUCAGUCACGCAGAAUGGACUUCAGUAACAGGGGGUCAGGACUUGGGUAUACCGCACCGUCCAAUAAGAAGUUCUCCAUCGACAUCAAUUCACGUCAAUCAGUUCGCUUUGAUGAUUGAUGUGUGUGUGUGUGUGUGUGUGUGUGUGUGUAGGAUAAUGUUUAAGAGAUGUGUGUAUGGUUGUACAAAAUUGGUGGGAUUUUUUUAAUGUAUAAUUUUAUACGUAGAUUUGCCCACAAAUGUUUUUUUAGCUUCACUGGAAAAAUCAACAUAAAACAACAAAAUAGGAUUUAAACUUUUAUAGAAAUGAAUAUCAGACUGUCACAAAAUGCCACUUGUACAUACUGUUUAUUAAACAUCGUCCUGCUUGAGGAA